AGGACGCGCCGCCGGAAGUGAUGGCACCGGGGGUGGUUUAUAGCGCGCCGGCGCAGUAUGCCCUUCCGGCAGCUGUGUUGUGGAAAUGGUGGAGAAGAAAACUUCGGUUCGCUCCCAGGACCCUGGACAGCGGCGGGUCCUAGACCGGGCUGCCCGGCAGCGCCGCAUCAACAGGCAGCUCGAGGCCUUGGAGAAUGACAACUUCCAGGACGACCCCCACGCAGGACUCCCCCAGCUUGGCAAGAGGCUGCCUCAGUUCGAUGAUGAUGCAGAUACCGGAAAGAAAAAGAAGAAAACCCGAGGGGAUCAUUUUAAACUUCGCUUCCGAAAGAACUUUCAGGCCUUGCUGGAGGAGCAGAACCUGAGUGUGGCCGAGGGCCCCAACUACCUGACGGCCUGUGCGGGACCCCCGUCCCGGCCCCAGCGCCCCUUCUGUGCGGUCUGUGGCUUCCCCUCCCCCUACACGUGUGUCAGCUGCGGCGCCCGCUACUGUACCGUGCGCUGUCUGGGCACCCACCAGGAGACCAGGUGCCUGAAGUGGACCGUGUGAGCCUGGGCGUCCCCGGAGGAGAAGGCCUUCGCGCAUCACCCCAACCUCAGAGAGGGCUCGGCCAAAGGGGGAGCUGCUCUUCUGGACCUCGCGAGCAGCCGCUCACUCGCCCAGCAGAGCCGUGUCCUUCCCGCCGGAGCAGAGCGGUCUUCCCGCGGACUGUGUGCAGGGAUGCGGGCUGGGCCGUCAGC